GCUGGUCUAUGUAGAACCGGGUUAAACCUCAGUCGUGUUUCUUCGUCCUCUUUGAAUCUGAAUGAGUCUGAGAGACGGAGCAGCUCCAGUUACCAGAGGGAGGAAUCAGUCCACGCUUCAGGCUUCAGGUUUCAGGCUUCAGGUUUCAGGCCUGCAGCUCAAACUCUUUCUAGUCUCUGUGGUGGACACACGGCUGGAGGGCUGAGUGCACUGAGGAAUAAAAAAAAGGUUCAGGAAACUCUCCCCAGACCUGAGCUGAGACUCACAGAGAGAGAGAGAGAGAGACUCCACGGCUCUUUGGCUCUAGAGGGGGGGAGGGAGGGGGAGGGAUGGGGGGGGAGUCCCUGCCUCCCUGCCUCCUCCUCCCGGUGGUUAUCGCCUCUGGUCGGGGAUAUCGCUCUCUGUCAUUCCUCAUGAUGAGCAGGAGGAGCGCAGGGGGUGAGACUGAGAGCUGUCCGCCUCCUGCGCCUCUUCGGAGGCCGCAUCUGCGCGUUGUUCCCGGGCGCAUCCCAGCGCCGGAGGCUCCGACGCAGGUCACCGUCAGUACGAGCCAAGAGCGACGCGUCUCUGCGUCCGUUUACCUCUCACCUCUCCCCCUCCUCCUUUUUCUCCUCCUCCUCCUCCUCCUCCUCCUCCUCCUCACGCGGCUUCCAUUCAUCCUCUGAGCAGAGUCCUCCCUGCUCCACCUGCAGGAGGAGAUGCAUCAGAGACGAGCAGAGGAAUCAGGAUGAGGAUGAUGAUGCUGUUACGAGAGGAAGGGACGCUGGUCUCUCCCUGGGAUGGGUGACGGCUGGGGGAGGGAGGAGGAGGGACGAGGGUGUUAUGUUUUGCAGCAGAGGGAUGGAGGAUGAACGGGAGGAGGAGGUACGGGGAUUAUUUAUUUAUUUAUUCUCUUCCAGAAAAGAGGCUGAAGAGUCGGGUCCUAAACAUCAGCGCCAACGACUCGAGAGCAAUAAAAUGAAAUAAAAUAAUAAUUUAAAAAAUAACACACACGACAGGUCAAAGAGAACUGAGUUAAAAAAACAAACAAAAAAACCCCGGAAAUAAUCAGAAAUCUGGAUCAGACCUUUAUCUGUCUUUAUUGUGUUUUACUUUAUUUUGUAUAAAUGAUGUAAUUUCCAUGUCUUGGCUGCUGGGUGGCUUAAAAGAUUCUAUUAUUUUUAUUUAUUUCUUUUUUAAAUUUCUUUAUUUAUUUAGACAUUUGUUUAUUUUAAUCUUUCUUUUAAUUUCCUUGUCAUCCCUGACUCACACUGAUAUAUAUAACAUAUUUGGAGGGUAUCUUAAAAACGUAUUUCUUUCUUUAUUUAUUGUGUAUUAUAUAUAUAUAUAUUCAUUUCCUUGUCAACCCUGGCUGUUGACUAAUUGGGUGUUAUAUUUAUUUAUUUAAUUUUAUUUUAUUACAUCUUAUUCAUUUAUUAGUUUUUUAAUUUAUUCAUAUGUUUAUUUAUUAUAUUUAUGUAUGUAUUUCUAUUUUCAUUGUGUUGAUUUAUUUAAAUAUUUCUUUCCAUUUUAUUUUGCGUAACGUUAUUUAAUGAUCAGUCUUUAGUCUCGGGCAGAGAGUUAGAGGAUGUUUGGAGGUGACUGUAACUCAAUCUCUGAAUCCUCUGAGUCUCUAAAACCCGUCCAGACUGAAGCAGCUUUGUUCUCCUGCAGCGUGGCUCAUCGUGGUCCGUGCAUUUCAGGACGUUUAAUCAGAUUCAACUCUUUCAUUUAUCAAGGUUUGACUUUAAACACAACAUAUAAAACGGUUCGUGUUCGCUGAUGACGUCCUGGCUUUGACCUGUGACCUCCAGGUUUCAUUAAAUGUGUUGACAUGAUGAACACGGAGCAGGAGGAGGAGGAGGAGGAGGAGGAGGCGCGUACGAGUUCCUUUUCUUUCCUUUCUACUCGAGUGUUUGGCUCAGAUCGUUCCACAGUUUUCCGAGUGUCCAGCAGAGGUCGGCCAUGUCCCACGUCAACGCCACGGAGCUGCAGUCGCUCCUUCUCUCCUUCCUGCAGCACUGCCUCAACGCCACGAGCAAACUGCCGCCUCAGAACUACACUACCCAGCAGGCCGUGCAGCAGGCGGCCGGCGCCAGGGUGCACGCUCAGUCUCAGGGAAUCGUGUACAUCUUCCUGGUGGUCGGCAUGUUCAGCUUCUUCACCUUCGGCAUCAUGCUCAGCUACAUCCGCUCCCAGAAGCUGGAGGGCUCCCAGGACCCGUACCACCAGUACAUCGCCCACGACUGGACCGGGGUGGCGGCUCCGUCCAGGGCCGUCGCUCAGGCCCUGCAGAGGGCGACGGCCGGGGGCAACGGGGAGCCCACGGUCAUCUGCAACCCUGCCACAGAGGAACAUCUCCCAGGAGGACUCAUCCCGUGACUUAAAACAUCUCUCAUUUUAUUGAUUUACCACCUUCAUGUCACAUAGCAACCAAGCGUUACAGCAUCUUCAGUCAUUUCACAGAAACAACCCCGAAUCAGAUAAGUCUCAGUCUAAUGAAGUUGCUCCAUCAAAUACAAGUGUUUCUGUUCCUCCAGAAAUAAAUAUGAUUCAUACCCUGUGUGGUAACACUC